CGUCUCCUACACACACUAUUCUCACUCAUGUCGAGGCAUCGCAACCUGCGUCACUUGGACUACUCUGACGAUUACGACGUGGACGAUCAGGACUACGACGAAGACGACGAUUACGGCGAUGAUCGAUACGCUGGACGAACGGGCGGCGCAUCGUUUGGCGCUUAUUUUGACACUAGCAAUGCGACGAAUGCUACGGCAGACGACUUGCCCGACUUGUCGACGCUCACAUUGAAGGAAAAGGACCUCUUGCGGGAGGCUCGGGCGAAAAUCGAGCCAGUCGUCGGAAAUACCGUCACCAAUGCAGAGAUUGUCGACGCGAUCUUGCAUUACAAUUUCGACGUGGAAAAGGCGAUUGUUUGGCUCCUCGAAGGCUACGACCCGGACGAAGAUGCCGACAAUGAUCAAGACGAUGUUGUUUUGGCAAAGCGGAAGCAGGCGUUUGGCUCGAGUGCAACUCAGCCGACAGCCAAGUCAGGAAGUGCAAACUCUGCCGCAUCUGGCAAAGCUGCUGGCAAGAAUGUCUCCUCGACUGCUUCCAAAGCCAACUCGGCCAAAUCCACGCCAGCCGCCGCAUCCCCUGCAAAGGGCGGCAGCGGCAGUGGCAGUGCUGGCAAAGGCACCGCUGCCAGCGCAUCAAAGCCUGGCGCGACCAAUCUCAAGCCGCUGGUGAUGCCUUCGUCCCAACCGAAACAACAGCAACCACAACAGCCCACCGAUACACACCGAGAGCCCUCUCUCGCGACAAAAGACGUUGUUGCAAUGGGGUUCUCGCCCGCCGUGUCUGCCAAUGCCAGUCUCGUCUCGUCUGCCACGGCUUCCCCACUCUCCCUGUCGCCCUCACUUGCAUCAAGCGGCGAUAAAUCCAAGGGCAAGCUCCCUUCGUCGAAAGGCGUCGAUGCUGCUCUUGCGUACGAGGACAAUUUCGCGGGAGGCAGCGGCCCGAGCAGUGGCACGUCCUCUCCUCGUCCUGGUGGCGGCCACCGCGCGCCCCGCAUGGACAUUCUUGAGGAAUAUAAAAAGCGAGGAGCUGGCAAGGCGCAUCUCAAUAUGGUUGUGGUUGGGCACGUCGAUGCUGGCAAGUCAACCCUGAUGGGCCACAUCCUCUUCCAGCUCGGCCAUGUUUCGCGCCGGACCCUGCACAAGUACGAAACCGAAUCUCAAAAGCUCGGCAAGGCUUCCUUUGCCUUUGCGUGGGUUUUGGAUGAGACUGAUGCCGAACGCGCGCGAGGCGUCACCAUCGAUGUGGCAAUGACCAGCUUUGAAACGAAAACAAAGCGCAUCACGCUGCUCGAUGCGCCAGGGCACCGCGACUUUAUCCCCAACAUGAUUUCUGGCGCAGCGCAAGCGGAUGUUGCCGUCCUUGUCGUCAAUGCGGGCGUCGGCGAAUUCGAGGCUGGAUUUGAAGGUGGUGGCCAAACUCGAGAACACGCCCUGCUCGUUCGGUCCCUGGGCGUCAACCAACUGAUCGUGGCCGUCAACAAACUCGACGCUUGUGACUGGUCGAAGGCGCGCUUUGAUGAGUUGGUUGCGCGCCUCUCGCUCUUCCUCAAGACGUCUGGCUACCGACUGGACAAUGUCACAUUCGUCCCGGUGUCUGGCCUUAUCGGCGAGAAUCUCAUCGAACGAAAAGAGCCGAAGCUGACGCAGUGGUACUCUGGUCCGACGCUGGUCGAGCAAAUCGAUCAAUUCCAACCGCCGGAACGCCCGAUUGACAAGCCGCUGCGGUUUUCAGUGAAUGACAUCUUCAGUCGCCCUAACAGCGGUGUUUCGCUCGGCGGCAAAGUCAUUUCCGGCUCUGUACAAAUUGGCGAUAAGGUGCUGAUUGCCCCGAUCAAUCAAGAAAUUGGCACGGUGAAGGCUAUUGAAAUUCAUGAAGAAGGUGUCACCUGGGCUGCCGCGGGUGACGCUGCGAGCAUUCUCUUGGACAAGGUUGAUCCGAUCCACUUUGCUGUUGGCUGCAUGCUGACUGAAGUAGACCGUCCCGUACCGGUGCACUCGUCGUUCCGAGCCAAGAUUAUUGUCUUUGACGUCAAAGUUCCCAUCACACAUGGUUUCCACGUCGUCCUCCACUACCUCACGUUUAACGAGCCCGCCGUCAUCACACGACUGGAGACCUUGUUGGAUCGAAGCACGGGCGAAAUUGUCAAGAAGCAUCCUCGUGCUCUCCCGAAAAACUCGUCGGCAAUCGUGACCAUCACACUCCAACGACCGGUUUGUUUGGAAUUGUACGAAAACAUCAAGGACAUGGGCCGCAUCACGUUGCGGAGCAGUGGCGCUACAAUCGGCGCUGGUAUCAUCACUGAAUUGAUUCCAUUAGCUCCAGCUUCGUCGUCCACUCCCGGACUUUUAGUUUGAUGGCAUUUCAAAUAGAGAAUUAUUCCAGAGU